AUGACCAACAUUCCUCAACUAGUUUUCGGUGGAGCCUCUAUUGCAACCGAUGGAAGUUUCAGAAAUGUGGCUGAGGUCUCAACCUUACUGGAAGCCCUUGAAAGAGAAGGGAUCGAGGAGAUAGAUACCGCUCAAAUUUAUGGUGCUAGUGAACAACUCCUAGGUGAAGCCGGGGUUUCGUCGCGGUUCUUGGUCGAUACCAAACACUCAGGGGGCUGGUCGGCUGGCAGCUCAUCGCGUGAGGAUGUUUACCAAAAGGGACUUGAAAGCCUGAAAAGGCUUGGAGUUGAUAAUGUUAACAUUUUCUAUCUCCAUGCUCCUGAUCCCGAGAUCCCUCUCAAGGAAACUCUAGCUGGUAUUAACGAUCUGUACCAGGCAGGAAAGUUUGAGACCUUUGGGUUAUCGAACUUCACCCCUGAGGAAGUCAGCGAGGUCGUUAGCGUGGCCAAGGACAACGACUUCAUCCUCCCAAAGGUCUAUCAAGGAAAUUAUAACUUGGUUUCUCGAAACAUUGAAGUGGACCUAUUCCCAGUCCUUCGUGAGAAUGGAAUCGCAUUUUUUGCGUACAGCCCCAUUGCUGGCGGCUUUUUGACCAAGACCAGAGCUCAACUGGUUGAAGGCACGAAGGGAGACGGGCGAUGGGAUCCUCAAUCAAGCAUGGGAUCAUUUUACCAUAUGAUGUACAGCAAGCCAAUUUUUUUUCAGGCUCUUGAUGAGUGGAAUGCCAUCUCCGAGUCAUCGGGCAUUCCAAAGGCCGAACUCGCAUACCGGUGGAUUGCUUUCCACUCCGCUCUCGAUGCACAACUGGGAGAUGGACUUGUGAUUGGAGCGAGCAGUACGGACCAGUUGAAGCGCACCAUCGUUGCUCUCAAUAAUGGAAGUCUUCUUGAUUCCGUCGCUGACCAAAUUUCUGCUAUCUGGGAAAUUGUGAAGAAAGAUUCGAUCACCAAUAACUUUGAUUUGGUCAGAUCGUAG